AUAGGCCAAGACAUGUACUGUUCAAUCAAAGACUAAAAUGGAUAUUCUCAAUCCAAUCAACCCUGCAAAAUGACAAACAUCCCUUUCACUGUGUGCCUCGUGAUGGAUGAUGGAUGAGCGGCGGGGUGUCCCCUUGACCUCUGACGUGGUUCACCAUGCCUAAGAGACUGAACCAAUGUUAGCCAAGGUUAUAAAACCUGAAAGGGUUCAUCCGGAACCCACCAAAGAUCUUGAGGACGCCUGCGAGAAACUUCUCAAGGGUGAUCCUGUGACCGGGAAACCUUAUGCCUAUGGAGGCUGGGUAUUCCGGCUAUCUAAUCCGGAUGGGGGUGAAUCUGCGACCCAUGACGCAGAAGAUGACCGGGCAAACUCCCCGGAUGGUCAUGCUGAGGCCAAUUCUCCUCACAUGAACUUUAACAGGAUGACCACCAUCAUCGAGGAUGACGACGAUGAUGUCCAAGUCCUCCACUCCCACCGGUCUCCUAAUCGCAACUCUCCCUCCCCUCCUCAAAACCUUGGAGUUGAAGGGGCCUCAACUGCUCGGUGCUCUUUAUUUGAUGAUCUCAUUCGAGAUAAGCAGGUGAAGUCACCCUCAGCCCUCCAUUUCUCCGAAGGCGACCGGGUUGAAUCCAAGUCCAAGGAGGCCAGCCAUUCUUCUUCCCGUGCUAAGGGCCAUAAAAGGAAAGGGUCCCAAAAGAGCUCCAAGGGAGACAAGAAGAAGAAGGUCAGGUUAUCAGAUACGGAGGGGGAGUCCAUCGAAGAAGCCUUCCUAUCCCUGGCCAAAAAACUCAGCAAGGCCGGGGUCAUUUCAGAAGAGAUUGGCCAAAGCGUUGUUAUCGAGCCUGGGAACAUUGUUGUCGUCGGCGUAGGAGUUGGGGUUGACAUGAUUGGGAUCAUGCCAAUUGAUCCUACAGUAGUGAUCGGAGCAAAGGUCGUCCCCAUGCUCGACAUCAUCAAUGGGAUGGCAGGAGUGCUUUCACUCGCAGCCUGGCUUGACACAGCGUUGUAGUUGCUCGAAGACAUGAUUGUGGAUAUUUAGUGGGGGUAAAGUUUUGACCUGGUUGAAAAAAAUUUAAAAAUCGGUCCCACGGUCGGCGCCAAAAAUGAUGGUGUAAAUAUAGCUGGGUGGGUUAA